ACAGCCCAUAUGUGGAAAUUUCCUAUCUUUAUCUAUGCCUUAACCAAUGAGAAUCAUUCAAAAUGACAUCAUGACUAGCUUAGUGAUUGUGUGAGAGUAUAAUUAUUACUGUAAUGAGUGUGUACGUAGAGCGGCCUACGAACUCCUUGCUGAGUGUUGAAGCUGACUUCUGCUGAUGAGACUGCAAACUAUUCUACAGUAAAAUUUUCUUCAAUUGACUGCAUCUCUUGACUCCUGGUCUUCAGUCAUCAUAUCUGGUCCCAUCUGGGUCUUUAACUGUAAAAUUCCCCUACAGUUCUGAUGGAGAAAACGGGCAAUCAUUCUUUGGCAACAUCCCUGGCUAAUCAACAAACAAGGUAACUAACUUGAAAAAAGGGAUGGGUCCACACAAAAGAGGAGAGAAGAGGAGAAAAGAAAGAGAUCUGGUAAAAAUGGAGGAAGUUGAAGACUCAGCUGAAUUAGGUGAACCAUCAGAAGACGGCACUGAAGAAAUGGCGAGGGAAAAGAAAGGAAGGACUGAAGAACAAAAAAAGUACAUUGGUGCUCAUGUCUCCAUUGCAGGAGGCAUAUGGAAAGCAGUUGAAGCAAGUGUAGACAUGGGGGGUCACAGUUUUGGAUUAUUUUUGGGUUCCCAACGCACUUGGCAAAGACCUGCCCUUGAUCAGACUGCUGCAGUGAAAUUCCAGCAGGCAUGUACUCAACACGGCUUUGACCCAAAACAGAUUCUGCCACAUGGAUCUUACCUGAUGAACUGUGGCUCUCCCAAGGAAGAUAUAUUUGCUAAGAGCCAGGCCAUGCUGGUUGAUGAACUCAGUCGUUGCAGUGUGUUGGGCCUCACUCAGUUCAACUUCCACCCUGGGGCCUCCAUGGGCUCCAGCAAAGAGCAGUGCUUCGAGAGAAUUGCUCAAGCUAUCAACCAUGCUCACCAGCAAAUACCUGCAGUCUGUACCGUUCUUGAAAAUAUGAGUGGACAGGGAAGCACUGUGGGUGGACAGUUUAACGAGCUGAAGAGCAUAAUUGACCAUGUUCGAGAUAAGACUCGUGUUGGAGUAUGUCUAGACACAUGCCAUGCAUUCGCAGCAGGUUAUGACAUUUCUUCAGCAGGAGGAGUGAAGUCUGUGCUUGAUGAAUUUGACCAGGUGGUUGGACUUCACUACCUGAGAGCUGUUCAUCUCAAUGACUCAAAAGGUAAAUUGGGCUGCCAUUUGGAUCGCCAUGAGGACAUCGGCCGUGGAAAGAUUGGCAUCUCUGCUUUCCGAAACAUUGUGAACGAGCCUCGACUCGACAACAUCCCUCUCAUUCUUGAGACCCCUGGCCGCCCAGGUUUUGAAUAUGCUGAGCAAAUAAAGCUCCUGUAUUCUCUCUGUGAGGACUAGAAUGCUUAGGGGCCUCUUCAUUAGACAACUAUAAACAUUUUGUGUCCUGUUUGAUUCUACUCACAUACUGUACAUUUCAUACAAACACACAAUAAACAUAAAUUGGGUUUAAAUAAUCUGUUAAA